AAAAAAUUGUUACUGUUUAUAAAUACACCCAACUGUCCAUCUCAGGUUGACAGCCCAAUUGCUGCAUGGCAAUCGUUUAAAUUCUGAAUUUCACUUGUGGUCGAUCCACCUUCUGCUAGCUGCUGCUAUUGUGGCAGCGGCUGCCGCAACGAUCCAAAGAUGUCUAUACUGGAUAUGAAAGCCGGUCCGCCGGAUUAUUGGGCAGAAAUCGGAAACUUCUUUUUGCCACUGAAAUAUCUAAUUACGAACGAUCGCUUCGAUGCGCUGGUACAGAAUAUCGACCUGCAUUACCUGAUCAAUGCGGUCUUCUGGAUAUUUAUAGCGUUAUCCUGCGGCUUCUAUGGAUUUCAGCGCGUCUUCCAGUUCUUUUUGAAAUCGUCAAACGUGAAGUACUUCAAGCGCAAACAGUUCGCUCGAUUGAUAUGGAAUAUUGCAUUCUAUGGCGCUUGCUGUCUCUUUCUGCACUUUUACAACGAGUUCAUGAUACUGCCGCAUCUGAUGAAGAACCAGGGUCGUUAUUCGCUCUUCCAUAGCUCCGACAAUCUCAUCUUCUAUCGCUCGCAUCAAUAUGAGAAAUUUCAGUUCUACUCAAUAUUCAUAAUAACGUUCUACCUGCAUGGAGCCAUGCUGGACUUCAAGGAGGCGGACUUUCUGGAAACCGUCUCCAAGGGCCUCUAUCUGUUCGCCCUCGUCGCCAUCGAUGUCUACAGAUACGAAAACUAUUUUGUUGGCCUGAAUCUCACGCUGGGGCUGUACAGCAUUCUAACGGAAUGCCUCUCAUUGUUGGCCUUGCAGAAUUCGAAUCGCAACCGCUUGGUCUAUCAAGUGUUUAUGGGCCUCAAGAUUGCCGCCUGGCUGCAUGUGCACAUCAAUCUGCUGCCCUUCAACUACUUCAUACCCACGCUGUUUGCCAAGAACUUCAAGCUGCCGCUCAAUGUGGCCAUCUGGGUGUGGUAUGGCCUGGCCAUCUGGAACUCGCCGGUGCUGCAGUAUUUCUAUCAUCAGAUCUAUCAUACGGCGCCAUCUGAUUGCUCCGGCGAGGGCUCGGCGGCCAAAUGCAUCCUCAUCAAGGACACCAGCGAGUAUCGCCACUUCAAGACGCUGCAGCGGGCCUAUCUUGAGGUGAAGCUGGCGCAUGAGAAGGCCACAUCGAAUCCUCUGCCAGCCACUGAGUCCGCCUCGGCCAAGACCUAUCAGGCCAUCAAGUGCGUUAUGAUGCUGAAGCGCAAAUUGAAGCGUAUUCGCGAGGGUCGCGGCGCCGAGCCGGAGGAUGAUAGCGAGGAGCUUACCACGAAUUGAUUAGAUUCUGCUCUUGACUGCACA